UCAUCAUAGUUUCAAUUUUAAUUUAUUGUCUUAAUAUUGUGUUUUCUUCCAGUUUAAGUAACAGAAUAUAAUGUAAAAAGUUUACAAAAUGGACCAAAAUGAAAACGACGAUAAUUUUAUGAAAAUUUUCAAGUAUUAUAAGUCGAAUAAACCUAAACCUUCCAUGGAAAAUGUUUUAUCAGUAGAAGAUAAAAAUCAUGUGGAAAAGGUUGUUCCACUAAUAGGAAAUAGCCUAUCAGAUAACAGAACAGAGUUUCUAGGCCUAAAGAACUUCCAAAGUUGGCAACUUUAUAGUUUUCCAGGUCACCCAGGACUAUUUUUGAUAAGAAAUCCAUUCACAGGCAUUGGCCAAAGGUAUUGGAUUAGAAAAUGCUUGGAGGAGUAUCCAAGGAAGCCCAAUAUAACCAAUAUUGAUAUUGAGGUUGUGAUCGACGACUGGUGGAGAGAAUGCUAUAUUGAUGGCACAUGUAAUCGGCAACUGCUGAAGAAGCUACGAUGGACGACAUUGGGAUAUCACCACAACUGGGAUACAAAAGUGUAUAGCGAUAAUAACAGAACAACUUUUCCGGAGGACCUUGCAGAGCUGUCAGACGUUGUAGCCAGCUACCUUGAGUAUUCGGGUUACAAGGCUGAGGCAGCCAUCGUCAACUAUUAUCACAUGAAGUCUACAUUGUCUGCCCAUACUGACCACUCUGAAGUUAACUUGCAAGCACCCUUGUUUUCUUUUAGCUUUGGCCAGUCAGCAAUAUUCCUUUUAGGUGGUCAAGAAAAAUCUACAGUUCCUUCAGCAAUAUUAGUCCAGAGUGGGGACAUACUGAUUAUGUCUCAGCAAGCCAGGGUCUGCUACCAUGCUGUCCCCAAAAUCCUGCCAGCCAAAUCUAGCCCUUGGGAUUAUGAUAGUAAAGUUCUUAUUGACAAUGAAAUGCCAACAUUCAAGUAUAUCAAAAGCCCUAAAAAUUUAAUAUCAAGUCUAAAUUGUAACACCGAUGAUAAGAUAUGGAGUAAAUACAGAGAUUAUGUCAGAGAAUCGAGGAUAAACAUGAAUGUACGACAGGUUUUGAAUGAAAAUCAAACUAAUUUAGCAGAUCCAGUGUUUAUUGACAAGUGAUAAUGUGGGAUGGUUGUAAUUUUUUUAUCAUAAUGUAUGCAUGGGCCUAUAAUUUUAUAUGACCAUGGUUGGUGUGUGCUGACGUCAGUUUGUCACCAGGAUGCUUUGGAUGACGCCGGGAGCUCGGAACGGGAUGUUCUGGCGAACCGGUUGUUGAGUUACCACUGGAACAACACAAAAGUAUUUUUAAUUUAUUGUUUAUACGAAAAAUAAUCUUAAAAUUUAUAUUAU